GAAACACAAACACUGUUUCAAAUUCGCCAAAAGUGGAAACUGUAACACCAAAGGUCGCCAACUUAACACACGCACCAAUUGCGGAUAUCACAACUUCCACAAUGCUAACCAUGUCAGCUGACACCGAACUAACGAAGAAUACUACAGGUGUGUUUAUACGCACUUCUGAAGCAUCUGCAACUGAUGUGGAGGGAAUUCCUUGGGGGACUAAUCAUUCUUCGAUGACUAAAACAACCAAUUCAAACGUUCAUCAUAACGAUAACGAUAUCAGCAGUUACGCUACAGCAUCUACAGCAAUAACAACAGAAGAAAGCAUCAGAACGUCACCUGGAGAUUCUGAAAUAUCCGAAAUAUCCAGUACGGUAUCUAGCACUCCAGCAGAAAAAGCAGGAACUCUCCAAUCAACUAACUACAUAGGAGUGGAAAACACAGACAUGGCAUCUUCCACUAUUAGAAGCAAGACAUCUGUUACAUCAUCAAGGUACACCAGCGAAAGUCCGUUCACGAGCACUUCUACUUCAACAACAUCCCAUGUCGUGAGCACAAAUACUGUCACAAACUAUACCUCUACCAUCUCUACACACCACUCGAAUCAUGAAGACAUGCAAAAUGUGACUGUAGAGGGUUCACUCACCCGCUCAACUAAGACAUCCACCACACAGAACGCAACAAUACCGCCGAGUGAUUCUCAGAUGUCUACUAACAAAGCUGAAAUUAAAAGCUCUUCUACAGAGAAGAGCGUCACUGCUCCAAAAGAAAAUUCUGAUGUGCGAACAUUCCCAGUGAGAGUAACUUCACCGUCCGAUACCGUACCUUCGAACAGGGGUCAAACGGUGCUCAUAGAAACAUCUACAUCAACAGUUAUUAAGGAAAACAUUACUACAGGGCUCGGUUAUCCAUCUACCACACUAUAUGCAGACGAGUCAAAUAAGCAACACAACAAUAACGCUACCACAAACAGUUCAGGCACAAAUACGACUAACGCAUCCAACGGAGAAAGUAUGGAAAUACCGACCGGCGAUUCGCAUAUACCCGAUAUCGCAAGUACGGCCUCAAACUAUUCGACAGAGAAAACAACUACGACAAAAGUGAGCGACAAUGAAAGCACAAAAAUUGCAUCAGAAACUAGCAAAUCAGCGACAAUUAUUCUACAACAAACCAACAGCACAACAAACGCCGUAACAACUUCUCCGAAAGCAUCAACUUCCACUAGUUGGAUUAGCACAGCUACGGGGAAACACAAUCGCUCUAGAAAUACAUCCGAUAACACAAAUGAGCACCAAAAUAAUCACGGUUUUACGGAAGGUUCAACAGUGCAGUUUUUUAGCACGUCCACAGAACAAAAUACAAGAGUGACAUCAACGGAUUCGCGCAAACAAGAGAGAGAGAAGAAUGCAUCAAGUUCGCACACGAUAGAAACUACCCCUCUACAAACAGUAAAUACCGCGCACGAGGCACAUACGCAUGCGACGAAAACUUCAACGAGCGUAUCAGCAGCAUCCUAUUCAGAAAUAACAACGUACAAGUCACGUACGGAUGAGACAACAACUUCAACGGACGUAUCAGCUUCAUCCAUUUCAGAAACAUCAAACAGCUCAAGGGCUGUUGAGCCAACCACUUCUGAAGCAGCAACAUUCACAGAUAACACAGCUGUUGCAACAGAUCACGUUUCUAAAACAGCAACAAACAAAUCAAGUGGACUCGAUAGCGACAAUGGCAACCGACAAACUUCGACAACACGAUCGUUUGUCACAUCAACCCAAGAAAGCACGAAACGGGCAUCUAUUGAUUCUCACAUACCGGAAAAUACAAAUGUUGAUUCAAAUUGGCCAACAGUGGAACUUGUAACUUCCCAGACAACUAAUAUCACACGUGAGCCAAUAACUGAUAUAACAGCUUCAUCGAACGUAACCACGGCAUCAGACAUCGAACUAACGCAGAAUAAUGGAAGUGUAUUGAUGAGAACUUCUGCAGCAUCUGCAAGUGAUGUGGAUAGUAUUUCAACUACAACUUUUCAUUCGUCUAGAACAGCGGCCCACCACGCAAAUAUUGAGCACAGCAAUAACGCUACCACCGCAAGUCCAGCUACGGGAUCAUUCGCUAUAUCAACUGAACAAAGUACUAAAAUGCCACGCAGGGAUUCUGAGAUACCCAAAACCUCAAGUAGGGUAACAACCACUUCAUCGGGGAAAUCAGAAAAUGCAGAAACAACUAGUGCCACAGUGCUGAAAAACACGGGCGUGACAUUUUCCACUGUUACGUCAAAGUCAUCUAUCCUAUCACUCAGGAACACCAGCGAAAACGUGUUCACCACAACAUCUCUAACAUCAUCAACCCACGUGGUCAGCAAGGGCACCGCCAUAAAUGAUACCACUACCUCCGCAACAGACAAAACGAUUGAUGAAGACCGCGAGAAUAGGACUAUAGAGGGUUCUAUCACCAACUCUACUAAGACAGUUACCACAGAGAGUGCAAGAACAUCACGUAAUGACACAAGCAAAAUAUCAAGCUCUUCGACACAGAAGACUGUUACUGAUCCAACAAACGCUUAUGAGUCGGACCAAGAAAACUUUUCUGAACACCAGCGAAAGGGUGUUUGCGAGCACUUCUACGACAACAUCAACUCAUGUCGUGAGAACGGACACUGUCGCAAGAUAUGUCUCUACCUCCACGACAAAGCAAGCAAAUAA